AUGACGAAGCCUGCCUUUCCUCUUGACUUAAUUCCGCAACUUAUCAACUGUAGCAAAACAGUCCGGGAACAGAAUCACUUCGAGUUCGUCGUCUACGGAGGUGCGCAAACGCUGUGUCGUGAUCCUAACGAAAUGGCUUCUAAGGAUGUUCAAACUGCAGUUUCUUCGAAAUACGAGACUAUUUCAAAUCACGAUGGCUUUGUGGAUGAAGAUGAAAUUGCAGUAAUGGUUGCCAAAGCUGAUGUAGAAACGGGCAAUGCAAACGCCAGGCCAGCAGUUGCCCCUCCCACCAGGGCCUCCCGAGUGCCCCUCAUUGGUAAGCCAGCAUGGGGAGCCUUGUGA